AGCUGCAAUCUCGCGAGUGCUGGGGGGGCCCCCUCACAACAAGCAGACAGACACAGCAGCUGCAGGAGCAGGAACAGAAACCUGCAAAUUAGAGCAGCAGAGAAAUCACAGCAGGCAGCAAUCAGCAGCAGGAGCCGCACCAGGAGCAGGGCCAGCUGCAAUCUGGAGUGGGAGCAGCUACAGGAGUUUACUUGUUGCCAGGGAGCAGCAGCUGGUGAAAUCUCUGGCCCUGAGAGCUCACCGUCAGCCUGUCCUCACACUGCGGGAUCCUGAAUGAAACCAUGAGCUUCUUAUUUGCAAACCGUUCGUCUAAGACCUUCAAGCCGAGGAAGAACAUUCCAGAAGGUUCCCAUCAGUAUGAGCUGCUGAAACAUGCAGAGGCCACUCUGGGCAGUGGUAAUCUCCGCCUGGCUGUGAUGUUACCGGAUGGUGAAGAUUUGAAUGAAUGGAUUGCUGUCAAUACUGUGGAUUUCUUCAAUCAGAUUAACCUGCUGUAUGGAACAAUAACUGAUUACUGCACAGAGGAUGGGUGCCCUGUUAUGUCGGCUGGGCCCAAGUAUGAGUAUCACUGGGCGGAUGGAACAAACAUAAAGAAACCGAUUAAAUGCUCAGCACCAAAAUACAUUGAUUACCUGAUGACCUGGGUACAGGACCAGCUCGAUGAUGAGACUCUGUUUCCAUCCAAAAUAGGCGUUCCCUUCCCUCGGAAUUUCAUGUCAGUCGCAAAAACCAUCCUGAAGCGCCUGUUCCGAGUCUAUGCCCACAUUUAUCAUCAACAUUUUGAUUCUGUGAUCCAGCUGCAGGAAGAGGCUCAUCUCAACACUUCCUUCAAACACUUUAUCUUUUUUAUUCAGGAGUUUAACCUCAUAGACCGGAAGGAAUUGGCUCCAUUGCAGGAACUGAUCGAGAAACUGACUACAAAGGACAGAUAGAAAGCAGCUGAAAGAGAAACACAAUCCAUUUCCCCUCUUUAAGAAAACUGGACACAGACGAUGGAUUGGAUGUUGUAAAAUCCACGCUAUGCUAGUGCUGAUGAAAUUGCAAGUGUUUUCCAUUCGAAGGUUUGAUACAAGAUGAUCCUAGACUUCUCUUUAAGCACAGACAGCUUUCGCUGAGGCAUGUUGCUACGCUGCACAGAAUCCUCCGAUGCCUGUAAAAUGUAAUUCAUUGGCACCGAUUAUAAGCUACCUUCUCCAAGUGCCUGCAUUGUUUCAUAAAUUCCAAUUUAUUUUUCUUUCUUUUCAGUGUUUUGAUAAAAGAAUAAAAUAACACACUGGGCUGACACUU